UUUGUGGCAGCUGUUGUGUACACACCUUGUCUCCGAUAAGAAACAGUUUUUGUGUUGUGUGCUCCGCAAUUUAAAACUUAUUAAAUUUAAUCCAUUAUUUACACAAUUUUGUUAUAGUAAUAUAGCGCGCGUUAACCCAACUGCAUGUUAAAUACAAUAGCUGUGCACAAGCAACGCACGCUUACGUCACCAUGAGCUACGAACAUGAAGACUAUCCCGAGGAUCCGUUCCCAAAAGAUUUCGGUUAUGGUGCUUAUGAUCAGGAUGGCCUCGAUCUCGAAGCGAAUGCAUCUAACAACAGCGAGACAAAACCUCGCAUUCUAUUAAUGGGUCUGCGGAGAUCGGGAAAAAGUUCCAUACAGAAAGUCGUCUUCCACAAGAUGUCACCGAAUGAGACCGUCUUCCUUGAAUCGACGAGUAAAAUUGUCAAAGACGAUAUCAACAAUUCCAGUUUUGUACAAUUUCAAAUCUGGGACUUUCCGGGUCAAAUUGAUUUCAUAAAGCCGCCAUUCGAUUCAGAUAUGAUCUUUCGGGGCUGUGGUGCCCUCGUAUUUGUGAUUGAUGCCAAGGAUGAUUACAUCGAAGCUUUGAGAAAAUUCAAGGAUACGGUCAUAGAAGCGUACAAAGUAAAUCCUCAUAUCAAAUUCGAAGUUUUCAUACACAAGGUUGAUGGCAUUAGCGAUGAUUCGAAAAUGGAAUCACAACGCGAUAUACACCAACGUUCGUCGGAUGACCUUAGCGAAGCGGGUCUAGAUCAGAUACAUCUAAGUUUUCACUUAACCUCGAUCUACGAUCAUUCAAUAUUCGAAGCGUUCUCGAAGGUGGUGCAAAAGCUAAUACCACAGCUGCCCACGCUAGAAAAUCUGUUAAAUAUAUUCAUACCAAACUCUGGCAUAGAGAAAGCGUUUCUCUUUGAUGUCGUAUCGAAAAUUUAUAUUGCUACUGAUUCAUCACCUGUGGAUAUGCAAGCCUAUGAGCUAUGCUGUGACAUGAUUGAUAUGGUCAUUGAUCUGUCAAGUAUCUACAGCUCUGAGGAAACGGCAUUUGACAGCGGCAGUUCUAGUCUCAUCAAAUUAAAUAACAAUACGAUACUCUAUAUGCGUGAAGUGAACAAGUUCUUGGCUUUGGUCUGCAUUUUGCGCGAAGAGAAUUUCAAUCGACAGGGUGUCAUUGACUAUAAUUUUAUAUGCUUUCGCGAUGCCAUUAGUGAGGUAUUUGAGCUGCGAUUGAAACGUCAGAAGCAACUGCAAAAUCCCGACCAGGACGAUGAUGAACUGGCCGACGACCGUGGCCUUACAAUGGGUGGUCGUUUGAACCAUGACAAUGAUGCAGCUGCGGUAUCCAGAGCGCCAUAAAUUACACGAAUCAUAAUUCCAGUGACCUUAAGUUUUGUGUGCUUAGCUUUUUGCAUAAUUUUUCCCCGUUUAUCUUCAUACUUGAGCACACACAUACCCACAGAGACAUCAAAAUACUGAUAACACUGAUUUGUCUUAUUAUUUUUUAUCCAAUUUUUAUGUUAUUAUUUUCUUUUAUAUAUCUUUGCUCUGUUCUAUAUUGUUAAUUCAUAUGUGUAGCCGCUUUGCUGCUCCUUACAACGCCAGAAAUGCCCAGCGUU